AUGGCAACCGUUAAGACAAUUCCCCCUGGACAAACCUUCAUCGAUACUCUCGAUAAAUCAUUCGUCGAUGUCCCUGUCAACAAGGAGAAGGACAAUGCAAUUGCAACCACAGAGUUUCUUCAAGCUGCCGAAUCCCUCACCACUCUUUUCGAUGUUAUGGGAUCUGUAGCAUUCAACCCAGUCAAGAAUGAUAUGGCUGGUAAUAUCAAGAAAAUCCGCGAGAGACAACUUGCUGCACCAGCAGAGUCAGAGACUCUCCAAGAAUUGGUCGUCAAUGAGCUCAAGACCAAGAAGCACACCGCUACUGAAGGUUUAGUUUGGUUGGUUCGCCCGUCCCCCCACAGUGGUCUAGACUUUACCUGCAUUGCUCUCUCACAAAACCUUGCCGCCCCCGCGGACGAACUCUCCGUAUCCUUCCGUGCUGCCUACGGCGAGACACUAAAACCUCACCACUCCUUCAUGGUGAAGCCCAUAUUCAGCGCCGCCAUGUCCGCCUGCCCAUACAGAAAAGAUUUCUACGUUAAGCUUGGAGAUGAUAACUCCAAGGUUGAGGGUGCUUUGAGAGUGUGGUUGAGUGCAUUGGAGAACUUGAUCGCCAUCUUGAAGGGAUUUUUGGACAGAAAGGAGGCUAAGUGGUAG